CCCUCCUCCACUUGUGUUGUUGUUUUUGAGCUACUAGCUAGCUAGCCAACCACAGUGGAGUUAGGUGAGAAGAGCUCUAGCCAUCACAGCUCAGCGUGGAGAUGCGGUGGACCAGACGUGCUACUAAGAAGCCUGUCCUGGUCAUCUUGGGGCUCUGUGUAGUUGCAGGAGUGUUCCUGUUUAUCAACAACCAGUCAGACAUCCCUCAGGGCAUUGUGGACAAGCCACUAGUGAAUCACAAGAAAUCUGAGUCAGUGCUGGUAGACAAUGUUCUCCUGGAUACGCGUAGGGUACCACAUAAACUAGAGCAGCCAGGCAAGAGGACCAAUGAUGGUGACGAAUUCAAUCGCCAAUACAUGAAGAAAAGAGCUGACCUUCGAAAAGACCUUAUAGAUUCUGACUUGGCUAGAAAACACGCUGCAAUUGAUAUUCAGAAAUCACUUAGUAGUAGAAAUAUCAAACGAAAGAUACCCUCAGAUAAAAACGAUCCACUCGUUCAAAUCAAACUGAAAGAGGAAAGAAAAUCACUAGGUUCAAAACUUCAGAAUCGAAUGAAAAUGGCUCAAGAAUCAAGGGACAGUGGCAAGCAGAGAAAGCUUCUUGUGGACAAGGUAGUUGGACCAUUUGGUAAGCAGCCCACUAGCAGUCCACUGGAGAAGAAGCCUCAAUCAAUUGCUGUGCUGGGUGAUUUUGACAUGGAGUCAUAUCUCGGUGCUCAGAAGAUGGUGAAAGGUGAUGCUAUGAAGAGCUUCCAGUUCAACCAGAUAGUUAGCGAUGCUACCCGUCCUGACAGAUAUCUCAAGGAUUACAGAAAUUCCAAGUGUAAGAGCUCCCCUGCUGCUCAACACCAACAAGACAACCUCCCUCCAACCAGUGUCAUCAUCUGCUUCCAUAAUGAAGCUCGAUCAGCUCUCCUCAGGACAAUAGUCAGUGUGCUGAACAGAAGCCCUCCAAAGCUAAUACAAGAGAUCAUUUUAGUGGAUGAUUUCAGCCGUGAUCCACAAGAUGGUGAACUGUUGCAAGCCAUUCCUAAAGUUAAGUUGCUCCGUAUGAAAUCUAGACAUGGUCUCAUCAAGUCUCGGAUUAUUGGAACUGAAGAAGCCAUUGGUCCAGUGGUGCUAUUCCUGGACAGCCAUUGUGAGGCCACUCAGGGAUGGUUAGAACCUCUCCUCAGUCGGAUCAAGGAAAACUCGUCUCACGUUGUUUCACCAGUUAUUGAUAUUCUGAACAAAGACGACAUGAGCUACACACUGGCUAGCCCCGUGGUCAGAGGUGGUUUUGGGUCCAACCUUCACUUCAAGUGGGACACAAUGUCCUCUAAGGAGAUGCAAUCACGGUCUCCAGUGGACCCAAUCAGGACCCCUGCAAUUGCUGGAGGGCUGUUUGCAGUGGACAAAACAUGGUUUGAGCACAUUGGUCUGUAUGAUGGACAGAUGGAGAUAUGGGGAGGAGAGAAUGUGGAGCUAUCCCUGCGAGUGUGGAUGUGUGGAGGUAGUAUGGAGAUCAUUCCUUGUUCUCAUGUUGGCCAUAUCUUCCGGUCAGCCAUGCCAUACUCGUUUGGAGAGGGGAACUCUUACCACAGUACUGUUACAAGGAACAUUAGACGCACUGUUGAGGUCUGGAUGGACUCCUACAAGCCAUACUAUUAUGAGCAGAAUCCUUUUGCUCUCAAGGUGGAUUUUGGAGAUAUUUCAGAGAGACAAGAGUUGAGAGAGCAGUUGCAUUGCAAGUCAUUUCAAUGGUUCUUGGAUAACGUCUACCCCCAGUUUAGUGCUCCACCAAUUCAAGACUUCACUUAUGGUAAACUGCGCACCAUUGGCAGUGGUCUGUGCCUGGAUGCUAGGAGGUCAUUUGCUAGUCAGCCAGUGGACCUCAGUCAGUGCUCCCCAACCAAAGACAAGUCUGUCAAGGGACAGUCGUGGUCUAUGUACUCCAAGGGAGGUGUCAAGCAGCGAACUCUGUGCCUCUCUUACAUGAACAAUCUGUUCACUCUACAACAGUGUAACUCUCAGGACAUGGCUCAAAGCUUCCAGCUCCAGUCUAAUGGUCUCUUGGUGCACACUGCAACCCAACACUGUGCUACCAGUAGCAAUGAGGAGCACCUCACUCUAGUACAAUGUGACACUGAACACAAUACAGACACUUCUAUUGAAUGGGAUUUUGUUAUAUCAACAUGAUUGUUUGUUUUUUCUCCAUCACAAA